AAACUCUUUCACCCGCUCACAUUCCCCCCCCCACGCUCACCCACACUCUCUUUCUCUCUCUCUGUCUCGUCCCUCUGUCAGUUUUAGUGCAGCUCUCUCUCUGUGUCUACUCUGUUCACUUCUUUAUCUCCACACAGACGUUCUGAACUCAUAAUGUCCGAUAAAAGUCGUUCUGUAACAAAGAGGAAGGAGAAGAAAGAGAAGGAGUCAGCUGAAGUGGUGAAGGAGGUGAGGAAUGAAGGAGAUAAGGAUGGAGGAGAAGUGUCUUCUGAGGCUGCAACGAGUAACGGAGAGAAUGGAGAACUUCAGGUGGAACCGAUGGAACUUCCUCCGUUUGAAAUCAUUGCUGGAGACCGGAUCGAACCUUUCGUCUUUAAGUUCCAGUUUAAGAACGUGGAGUACUCGUCAGGCCGUAAUAAGACGUUCCUGUGUUACCUGGUGGACAGAGGAGACAUGGCUGAUGGGCUGCUGAGAGGAUAUCUGGAGGAUGAACACACAGGACCUCAUGUGGAGGAGGCCUUCUUCACACAGUGUAUUCCUCACUAUGACCCAGCUCUCAAAUACACUGUGACCUGGUAUGUGUCGUCCAGUCCGUGCUCUGCUUGUGCAGCGAAGAUCGCUGAGGUGUUAAAAGUGAGGAAAAACAUCAAACUGAGCGUGUUCGCUGCUCGUCUGUUUGAGUGGGAGGAGUCAGAGAUCCAAGACGGACUGAAAAUGCUGCACGCUGCCGGCUGUAAGCUGAGAGUGAUGAAGCCUCUGGACUUCUCGUACACCUGGGAUACGUUUGUGGAGAACGAAGAAGAACCUCUGAACCUGUGGGAGGACUGCAAAGACAACUAUGAGUUUUACCAGGAGAAGCUGGCCGACAUUUUACAGUGACCACAGACUCCACCAUCAGUGGUCACCAUAGCAUCUUCAAAGAGGACUCCUGUUGAUAUAAUGAUAGUUCUAAUUAAAUGUUUUAAACCUCAUGGUGCAAAUUGAUCUGCAACUCCUUUUAAUUAACUGUUUUUGUUUUUACUUCA